AUGAGCGCAAACAACAACAGCAACGUUCAUAACAAUCAAUAUGAAGAGCCCGUCGCAGAAGGACACAAAUGGUUGAGCGAGAAGUGGAGAGUAAGCAAUAGACCACUGCGUAUUAGAAAGAAUCCAUUGGAGGUUGCUCCUUGUAGGCAAGGAGAAUGUGAGAGUGCAAAUCAACUCAUGGAAUUUAGACAAUGGAUGGCAAGAGAAUGGGCUGUUUAUGUCGCUGAAGUUAACCUUUUGCGAGAGGACGUGGAACAAUGUUGGUAUAAACAUGGUGUUGACGUCAUUAGACACUGUCAAGAUAAAGUUAAGAAAUAUUUGCAUGCCGUUGAUGAAAAGACUAUUAGAGAAGUUAGAGCUAACUUAAUGGAGGGAAAGAGAGCUGUGGAAUAA